AUGAGUGAAAUAGAUAGGAAAACAAGAUUAGCUGAAUUAAGGAAGAAGAGACAAAAUAGGCAGAAAGAAGAAGAGAAGCUACUGACGGAAGAGCCUAUUAAAGAUGAAACAAUAAAAGAAGAAGAAGCAGAGGUUGUAGAUGAACCAACAAUAUCUGAAAAUGAUAAAUCUAAGGAUAUACAAGGUGAGACAGUGAACCCAGUUGAAGAUGAAUCUAUACCUUCUAAAGUAUCAUAUACUAAAGAUUUAAAAGAAGAUCUAAGUAAAUAUUAUCGUAAAGCUAAUUUAAAAACUACUCUCAAAUUAAAUAAAAUAAUCCAAGAUAAAUAUAUACUACCAAAUUAG